AUGGCCGCCGUAGCUGAGACUGCACUUGAAGAAAACGAAGUAAACGAAGAUCCCCACCAGGUUGGUUUUAGUUGCCAUGAGUUCCUUUUGGAAGUCUUAACUAGAACGGAAGAAUUUGUGGGCGAAACACAUGCAAAUGAAAAUGAGAGGCGAAAUGUUAACGAGCACAUUUUGACACAUUUAAACUUGUUAGAUACAACUGUCAAAUGGUUAGGGCAGUUGAUGCGUAUUGUUGAUGACCAGGAUAAGCGUUUGUUUCAGGAUUUGCAGUCCGUUUUUCUUAAACUUUUUGAAAGACUCUGGAGAUAUCAACUAAGGUUACAAUCGACAUAUCCCUCAGCUUUUCCCGUUUUAAUUGCUCAAACUGGAGGACCGUGGAGGCCACCUUAUGUCAUUCCACUUGAGUUUUUGGAGGAGCUGAGAGGACUGGGGUUCACCUGGACAAAAAUUGCUGCUAUGUUUAAAGUAUCGCGUUGGACAGUAAUGCGUCGUGUUAGAGAAUACGGCUUACAAAACUUAGCAAAGUUUAGUAACGUUAAUGACCAAGAAGUUGAUGAAAUAAUUAAUGCUUACCCAUCAAGACAUGGAUCAACUACAGGUGAAGUUUAUUUAAGAGGUCAUUUCGGGCUCUUGGGUACAACAUUCAACGGAAGCGAAUAA